AUGGGAUUGGUAGUGGUCAUCUCUUUGCCAUUCAUUUUGUUCUCAUUGUUGCUGGGAUUCGGGUGUUUCUUUCUGGGAAGAGCCAAAGGGAGGCAAGAUCUGCGCACAAACGCUCAGGUUUACGGUGCCCCUGCUCCACCACCGGGUUCUGUUUCCGCUUCAGAUACCAUUUCCGCCGCCGUUACCGGCCAGGAUGCUAAAUAUUUUACAUAUCCAUCUUCUCAGCCUCCUUCCGCCCAUCAAUCCCUCUCGAAGGAUUCGAGUGACAUUGUCCUGAAAAUUAUGGCUUCCUCUUCUUCUCAACCUCCUCCGAUUCCUGAAGCCGGCGGCUCCGGCGGCGGCGGCGGUGAGGUUCCGGAAACUUCUGGUUCUGGUUCUGCUGCGGGGGCAGUGAUGGCGGGACCGAUGCAUAGAGGCGGAGAUGAUCUCGCAUUGUAUAGAGGGCUGAAGAAAGCUAAGAAAGACCGAGGUUGUACUGCCAAAGAACGGAUCAGUAAGAUGCCUCCUUGCACCGCCGGCAAACGUAGCUCCAUUUAUCGCGGUGUCACUAGGCAUAGGUGGACUGGACGCUAUGAAGCUCAUCUGUGGGAUAAAAGUACCUGGAAUCAGAACCAGAAUAAGAAGGGAAAACAAGGUGCAUACGACGAUGAGGAAGCUGCAGCCAGAGCUUACGAUCUUGCUGCCUUGAAAUAUUGGGGUCCUGGAACUUUAAUUAAUUUUCCAGUUAGUGAUUAUAAACGAGAUCUAGAAGAGAUGCAAAAUAUAUCAAGAGAAGAUUAUCUUGCAUCACUUCGAAGAAAGAGCAGUGGUUUCUCUAGAGGCAUUUCCAAAUAUCGUCCUCUCUCAAGCCGAUGGGAUCCACACUUACGUCAGUUAUCGGGAGGGGAUUACUUCAACAAUAUGUCUUACGGUGAGGAUGCAACAGCAGAAAGUGAAUAUAUCGGUGGCUUUUGCAUUGACAGAAAGAUUGAUUUGACAAAUUACAUUAAGUGGUGGGGAACAAAUAAACCACGUCAACUAGAUUCUCACACUAAGUCAUCAGAGGAAACAAAGUUUCAGUCUUCUGAAGACAUGAACAGUGAACUUAAAUCUCUGGACUGGACAGCCCAGCCCACUGAACCGUAUCAGAUGCCUCAGUUGGGCGUUCCACGUGAAGGGAAAGAGCGUAAAGGCUCCAAAGUGUCUGCCAUGAGUAUUUUGUCACGAUCUGCUGCAUUUAAAAGCUUACAAGAGAAAGGAUUAAAGAAGAAAGAAACAGGUGAGAAUGAUGAGAAUGACGAUAAAAAUGUUAUCAACAAAAAAGACAAUGGCAAGGGAGUUGAAAAAUCCAGUCAUGAUGAUGUUGGUGAAAGACUUGGAGCUGGAAUUGCGAUUGGUGGAGGAUUCCCUGUUCAGAGAAAUAGUUAUCCCCUGAUGCCAUUGCUGUCUGCUCCUCUUCUGACCAACUAUACCUCUAUUGAUUCUUUAGCAGAUCCUGUUCUCUGGAAUAGUCUUGUUUCAGCUCUCCCUGCUGGUUCUUCUCAAACUGCCGAGAUUGCUAAGAAUGAGUCUAGCUCGGAUUACAGUUUAUUCCAGCAAGAAGAUUAA